AUGGAGACAAUAAAACCCCCGAAAUUCAUCCCACAAGGGCUGAAUUUGAUUGCUGAAUGGAAGUCCUUGGCAGGAGGGAAGGAGUCCUGGGAGUGCGAACUGAGGAGGAAGUACCUUUGCAAAGCAAAGCUACAGCUCCAAGGUGAACGUGUUGUGGGAAGAACCAAUGAUCAUACGCAUGCUGGAAACGCCGCAAAGUGUGAGGCGCAGGCUGUUGUUGCCAAUAUUCGGAACCGGGCUCGAACAACUGAGGAAACACCACAGCAAAUAAUCACUCGAGCAACAGGUGGAAUAAGUGAUGCCGGUGCUGCUGCCCUUCCAAGGGUUGCUGAUAUCAGAAGAGGAGUAAGGAGGGUCCGCCAAGAAGCAGGAAAUCCUCUUCCACUACCAGAAAAUGCUGCGGCCGUGGAAAUUCCAAGACAUUACCAACUGACAAGUGACAAUAAUCAGUUUCUGCAGUUUGAUAGUGGAGUUGGAGACUGGAACCGAAUCUUGUUAUUUGCAUCUGGGAAUGGAUUGGACAUGCUGCAUAAUUCGCCUCACUGGGCAGCUGAUGGAACAUUUAAAACUGUCCCGGAGAUUUUUUUCCAGUUGUAUACUGUUCAUGCUUUUGCUGGAAAUGGGCAACUAUUCCCCUGUGUUUACGGGCUGCUGACCAACAAACGCCAAGAAACCUAUGAACAGAUGGUGAUGCAGCUAGGAGAGCUGGGCGGAAACCCUACUGAAGUGCUGAUGGACUAUGAGCGUGCAGCAAAGAAUGCCUUCGAACAUGUGUUCCCGGAGACUGAAGUGAAAGGAUGCUUUUUUCACUUAGCACAGAACGUGUAUCGCCAGGUGCAGGCCAGUGGCCUAGCAGCGGAGUACCAACAUAACCCACAGUUUGCCCUUGCCAUCCGCAUGAUUCCUGCAUUGGCAUUUGUACCUGAAGAGGAUGUUGUAUAG